UCUGUCCGAAUCCUGCUGCUCUGCUAGGGGCACCACCGCUCAAAGUCUGAGCCCUCCUGGCCCGUUGGGAGCUGUGUUUAGGAGGCCACUCAGGUUGUCCCCGAGUUUCCUCACCAUCGGUCCUGCUUUCUACCCAAAUACUGAGGCUGGCCAGGUUGGUUUGUGGUAUAGCUGGGGGACUGGUUUCUGCCGUGGCCGCUUGUUGUUAAAGGCAGUUUUUCUGCAGAGCCUGGGGACCCUUUCCCUGCCUGCAGGAUGCCACAGCUAAGAUCUCGGAAAGUGCAGCUAAGCAGGGAGGCACUGACUGCUACGAUGGGGCCCUGCCCACAACCUGUGGAUGCAGAGAUGGGAGCCCACUCUGGGGACUUCUCUGCGGCCAAGGGGAACCCUCAGCGGGAGGCAAAGAGAAAAGCAAUGCAUUCCUUAUCCUGCUCUUCAUCACCUAUCCUGUUCUCCGGUGUCCCAUGUGAGCAGCUCACAUUCCCAGCAGUAGCAUCUAUGGAGGAGCAACAUGGGACUAAUACGAGGCUUGUAGGUAAAAGAAAGGAAGGGAGACGAGGCUGCAGAGGAAGAGGCAUUGCUGCUGCUGGAGGCAGAAGAGAAGCAGCUUUACAGGUUUCAGACCAUGCUGCAACUAAAGUCUGGGAGAAGGUGAUGGUGCCAGUAGGGAGGUGUUGGGAAAAGGCUAUCUGUAGAAAAAGAGGACCGGGAUUGCAGCAGUUUUCCUCUGGAACUAGUUUGGAAGAAAAAUUGGCAACAGGGAUUGAGGGAAAACUAAGAAGUAGCUCCUCAGCAAAAUUGGGGCUGUUGGGGCCCCAAGAGGGAUUAGGAAGCCCAGGGAAAAAGAGCAGACAUUCCUUAAUGGAAUUGAAGCUACAAAUUCCAUGCCCCAAGGAAGAACUGGUGAGUCCAGAGAGGAGUGACAGAUGCACCUUGUCAGAACCAGUAGUGCUGGGGCCUGGGAAGGAUGCAGGGAGCCUGAUAGCACUGGACAUGCAAAUCCCAGACUCUGAGAAGGAAACCGUGAGCCUGAGUGAGAGGAGCCCAUGCACCUUGGUAGAACUGGGGCUUCAGAAGGAAGUGGGGAGGCAGGGAAAAAGGAGCCGGCGCUCAUUUUCAGAACCAAGAGUGCUAAGGCCCAAGGAGGGAGAAGAGAGCCCAGUGACAAGGGGCAGAUGUUUGUUGGCAGGGACAGAGUCUUGGGUAGAAGCAGGGAACCUUGGGAAGAGGGGCAGGCGCUCCUUAUCUGUCCUGGGACCCCAGGAGAAAGUAGGGAGUCCGGGGAAGAGGGACAGAUGUUUUUUAACAGAGGGGAGGAUGUCAGGGCCUCUAGAUGAAAAAAGGAGUCUGGGGGAAAAGGGUAGGCAGUCUUUGGUGGAAGUGAAACUAAAGAGCCCAGGGAAGAGGGGCAGACACUCAUUGGCAGUGCUGCAGCCACAGAGACUAAGCCUCCAAGAAGAACCAGUAAGCCCAGGAAAGAGGUUCAGGUGUUCCUUGCAACUACAAAACUCAGGCACCCAGGAGGAAGUAGGAAGCCUGGGGAAGAGGGGUAAGCACUCAUGCACCACUGAGGAAUCACAUCUCCAGAGCUCAGGUCCCCAGGAGAGUACAGGUAGCCCAAGGAUACGGGGCAGGCAUUCCAUGGUGGUACUACAGCCACACAGUCUAGGCCUCCAUGAGGGAGCAUGUAGCCCAGGAAGGAGAGGCAGGAGCUCUUCUGUGGAACUAUGGCUACCAGGGCCCCAGAAGGAAGCAGGGACCUGUGGGGAAAAGGGUAGGACUUACUUGGGGGGAGCAGGAACCUCAGAACACAGGAAGAGGAGCAGGGGCUCCUCAGCAGAUGAAAGGGUGAAGAUGGUGACCUGGGCUGCUUCUCAGUCAAGGCUGAUAUGUGGGAAGGAUUAUGAAGCCCAGUGCUGGAGGCCAGGCAGGGGUUCUGCUGCUGGAAAUACUCGAGGGAGCAGACGAGGGAAGAUGGAGCAGCAACAGGUUGUAGGGCAAGAAGUGGGUUCUACAACCACUGAUGAUCUGUUCAUUAGUAGAAUAGAGGACAAUGGUGAGAGACAGAAAGAUGGAAAGGAAGAGGCUGUGGUUUCAGCUGAACUAAAAUUAAAGAUCAGAAAGCCUAGUAAGAUCUUAUUCUGUAUCUGCCUAUAUAUUUGUAUGUUGCUGUCUUAUAUCUAUACCCCUCUACUUCCCCUGCUUAUACAUUGCUGUCUGUCUUUUUGCUCUUCUAGUUUGUAGGAUGCUGUCCCAAUUGCUUCAAAUUCUCAACCUUAUUGCCUCUUUUUAAAUACCAUUCAAAGUAAUAUCCCACUAGCAACAGAAACAAAAAGUGCAC